AUGCAACUCAGUAGCAGUAGCCAAGCCCAUGCAAGCUCCAACCAAGUUCAGGGUCCAGCCCAGCCAGCCCAGCCCGCCAGCCAGCCCAGCCAGCCCAGCCCAGCCCAGCCAGCCCCGCCCAGCCAGCCAGCCAAGCCAGCCAGCCAGCCCAGCCCAGCCAGCCCAGCCCUGCCCAGCCAGCCAGCAAGCCAAUUCAGCCCAGCCCAUGGCCAGUUAGCCAGCCCGCCAGCCAGCCAGCCCAUUGGUUGUAAGGACAAAGCUACACAAAGAAAGCUUCUUAGUGAAUCAGAGCUUACAUUUGAUAAAGCGUUGAAAGUAGCCAUGGCCAUGGAGAUAGCUAAUAGAGAUGUUGAACAAUUGCACUCCAGUGACAAUGGUAGUGAAGACAAAGAGGUUCACCAGUUAAGAACCACGCAGAUGAAAGAAAGGUCUUCAAGCAAGUGGAAUUCCAAGCUUACUGAGAAGGAAAAGCCCACAGACAGACGUCCCACUCAGCGUUUGAUGACCGAUGUUGAGUUUAUCAACUGCUGA